AUGGUAAAUCCUCGUUUUCCUCGCUCCAGGAUCCGACCCUUCAGCUUCCCCUUCACACUCAUCGCUCUCUGCAUUUUCCUCACUCUCUCGUUUCUCUUCACAGCCCAUUCUUAUUCCUCUUAUCAACAACACAACUUGGAUUCUGAUGGUGGUUCUUUACAUGGAUUUGAAUCGAUAAGGAGAUCCGUUUUGGCGUUGAAAACGGAUCCCCUUAAGCCUCGGUUGGAUCAGAUCCGAAAGCAAGCAGAUGAUCAUAAGUCUUUAGCUCUUACUUACGCUUCUUAUGCACGAAAGCUCAAGCUUGAGAGUUCAAAGCUCGUUAGGAUUUUUGCGGAACUAUCACGAAACUUCUCGGACUUGAUGAGCAAGCCUCAAUAUAGGACUCUUUUCAGCAAUGAUGCGAUCCCGAUUGAUGAAUCGGUAGUUCGUCAAUUGGAGAAGGAAGUGAAGGAGCGGAUUAAAACCACGCGACAGGUAAUUGGUGAAGCCAAGGAGUCGUUUGAUAACCAACUGAAGAUUCAGAAGUUGAAGGAUACUAUUUUUGCUGUCAACGAGCAGUUAACGAAAUCGAAGAAGCAGGGUGCUUUCUCGAGUUUGAUUGCUGCCAAGUCCAUUCCGAAGAGCUUGCAUUGUCUAACAAUGAGGCUGAUGGAAGAGCGGAUUGCUCAUCCGGAGAAGUAUACAGAUGAAGGGAAGCCUACUCCUCCUGAAGUUGAAGAUCCCAAUCUUUACCACUACGCGUUGUUCUCAGACAAUGUUGUAGCUGCGUCUGUUGUGGUUAAUUCAGCGACAAAGAACGCAAAGGAACCGUGGAAACAUGUGUUUCAUGUUGUGACCGACAAGAUGAAUCUUGGAGCUAUGCAAGUGAUGUUCAAGUUAAAAGAUUACAACGGCGCACACGUUGAAGUUAAGGCAGUCGAGGAUUACAAAUUCCUGAAUUCCUCUUACGUGCCGGUCCUUCGACAACUCGAGUCCGCUAACCUACAGAGAUUUUACUUUGAGAACAAGCUCGAAAAUGCUACAAAGGACACAACAAAUAUGAAGUUCAGGAAUCCGAAAUAUUUGUCGAUAUUGAACCAUUUGAGAUUCUACUUGCCGGAAAUGUAUCCGAAGUUGCAUAAAGUUCUAUUUUUGGAUGAUGACAUAGUAGUUCAGAAGGAUCUUACUGGUUUAUGGAAGAUUGACAUGGAUGGCAAGGUGAAUGGAGCUGUAGAAACAUGUUUCGGGUCAUUCCAUAGAUAUGCACAGUACAUGAAUUUCUCGCAUCCUUUGAUCAAAGCUCGAUUUAAUCCAAAGACUUGUGCAUGGGCUUAUGGAAUGAAUUUCUUCGAUUUGGAUGCUUGGAGAAGGGAAAAAUGCACGGAAGAGUAUCAUUACUGGCAAAAUCUGAACGAGAACCGAACACUAUGGAAACUAGGGACAUUACCACCCGGGCUAAUCACAUAUUACUCAACAACGAAGCCGCUAGAUAAAUCAUGGCAUGUUUUGGGCCUUGGUUAUAACCCAAGCAUCAGCAUGGAUGAGAUUAGCAAUGCAGCUGUGGUGCAUUUCAAUGGUAACAUGAAACCAUGGCUUGAUAUUGCAAUGACUCAAUUCAAACCACUUUGGUCUAAGUAUGUCGAUUACGAGUUAGACUUUGUUCAGUCCUGCAAUUUUGGUAUCUAA